AUUAACUAUCCCAAUCCUUUGUAACAUCUCCAUAUUUCACUUUUUUUUAACCCUUACAACAAGUCUUUGCAUAUAGUACCUCAAAACCCCUUCUUCAUUCACUGAACUUUUACCUUGCUUGUUUUGAGAUUAACAUGGAAGGAGUUGGGAGCAACUUGAAGGUGGUAGAGAGUUCAAGGAGAAUUAGAUACUGCGAUGGAUUAUUGAGGGUUCUGGGGUUACUCCUUACGUUGGUAGCAGCGAUUUUGACGGGUGCCGACAAGGAGACCAAGACGAUUCCUAUAAGUAUCACCAAAACUUUGCCCACUUUGCACGUCCCUGUCACUGCUAAGUGGCACUACAUGUCUGCCUUUGUAUACUUCUUCGUAUCAAAUGCCAUAGCAUUUUCAUACGCGGCAGCAUCACUGGUAGCAUCAAUGGCAGUCCGAACAUCCAAAGACAAGACAGGAUUAGUUGUCGUCAUUCUAGAUAUGGCCAUAAUGGGGUUGCUCUUGUCUGCUAAUGGGGCUGCAAUCGCUGUUGGUAUCUUAGGCCAAUAUGGUAACUCGCAUGUGCAGUGGAGGAAGGUGUGCAAUUCGUUCGGUGGCUUCUGUCACCAAAUGACUGCUGCUAUAAUCUUAUCUUUGGUUGGAUCUUUGGUUUUCUUUUGGCUGGUGGCAGUGGCCCUUCUCAACCUUCACAAGAAAUCAAGGUAGAUGAAGGGAGUGAAGGAGGUCGAUGGGGAGCCAUUACUGGUAUUGAUGUUAAUUAGCAUCCACAUGUAGCUUUAGCAUUAACUUUUAGUAGGAAAAAAGUUGGUUAGCUAGCUGUAGUACAUGCGUAUUUAAUUAGCUGUGGAUGGUUUUAAAUUUGAAGCCAAGCCGGUUGGUGUAACUCAUUAGUUAUUACAGUGAGUGAAAAUGGAAUAUUCUAAGUACAA